AUGCCUAUGCAUUCCCCGGCUUCACUCAGUGUGUCGCCACUGUUAGAAAAUGGGUCAAUUGCAGUGCAAUCCUCCUUCGCUUCACAACCCCGUCCGACUAUCGCAGGGCAGCUCCCCAACACUGAAGACGACAAUCCACCUCAGAUGCACCAUGUGCGGCUAUAUGCUGUCUCGCCUACUUUGAAACCGUUAGCCCCUUCCUCUUCGACGUCGCAUCCCCACGCCGUUCCCCAGCCUUUGCCCACUCCUCCCGACCAAAACGAUGAUCCUAGCAUAAAAAGCAUCGAUAGCACAAGCAGGUUAACAUCCAGUAGUAGUGAAGACCCUGAGAAUGGCAUAGCUAUGAAUAUCGAGGGCAGGCUACGCUCCAUUUCCACGGAUGCGGACAGGAAUCACAUCACGACCCCUCAUCCGCGGCUGGAGCGCUCCCAAAGACGCCACGACACACAUUCACCGCGCUCACAUCGCAUAAAAGAGCUGUUGUCGGACAAUAUGCAGAAGGCCAAGAUGCUAGCCGAGCUCCAGACGCUCUUCGAGAGCCUCACGCGCGAUUACGAGCGGGUUUCCGAGGAGUCUCGAGGCAAGUCUCUCACGCUUCGCAGCCUACGGGAGCACGCCGACGCGUUGACGGAGGAGCUGCGGGUUGCUCAGACGCAGUGCUCCCUUCAGGCCGACCAACUCAACCGCUACCGCACCGCACGGGAGGACGGUACAGAAGACUUUCGAAAGCAACUUUCCGCCGCGCGGGAAGAGUGCAAGGAGCUACAACGCGAGCGCAGCAACCUGUUGGAGGGCCACCGCAUCCUGCGAAAGCAGCUCGAGGGCCUACAGGAGAGCCUCGAGUCGGCGAAGGAGGACUACGCUCGCCGGCUUAAGCAGAAGCAGCAGGAGAUCGAGGCCAGCGUGCGGGCGGGGUUUAAGGAGAAGGAGCAGCUGCUGGAGCUUCGCGAGCAGGAGGUCUCGCGGGAGGCUUGCCGUCUGGAGGAAGGGCUACGGCGCUUCGCCUCGGAGAGCACGGAGGCGAAGGAGGACGUCGUAGCACUCCAAUGGCGUUUGCGCGAGCUCGAGCGGGCCUGUGAGAAGAAGGACGCGAUGCGAUCGCAGCUGGAGCGGACGUUGGACCAGCUUCGUGCGAGGAUUGUUGAGUUUGAGAAGACGAUCGAAGCAGAGCGGCACACCCAUGAUCAGCGGCAUCGGGAGCUGCAAGCCGGCUGGCGGGCGGAGGUGACGGAGGUGCGGCGGCUUUAUGAGAUCGCGCAAGCGGACCGCGGACGCGCCGAGGAUCUCCUCCGUGAAGCCCACAGGCAUCACGAUGAAGAGCUCGCGUGUAAGGAAAGGGAGAAACGGGAACUAUGGAAGGAAGCGAGUCUUGUUGAGUGGGAGCUUCGCCGCGAGCUGAAAGAACUGAAGGCCGCACACGCCGCCGCCCGCGAGGAGGUCUCGCAACACGCCCUUACCGCUAAUCGCGCCCAACGUGAGGCCGAAGCGGUGGUGCGAUCGAAACAGCUGCUCGAAAAUAAUAUCGAGUCCCUACAGAAGCAGUUGCAGGAUGCGGAACUGGCGAAGUCUCAGCUGGCGGGUCGAUUGGAGGUAGCGUACACCAAGUUGGCAGGGAAGGAGAGGGAGGCUGAGGAACUUCGCUGCACCAUGGAGCGGGAAUGGUGGGCACGGCCGCGGGAGCUUCUUCAAAAAGUAGAACACAAAGAUGUUCAAGCAGACUCACAUGCGCAUCCGUUGCUAUGGAAGCAUUCUAGUUCAGGUUCGGGUAUGUUUGACGAAUCCACUGCAUCCCCAGAGCAGCGCGAGGAACGAAAAGACCGGGCGAGGGUCGCGUUUGUGGCUUCGUCCAUGCCAUCAUCGGCAGCACCAACACAGCAAGUGAAAUAUCCGUCGGAUAGCGACCAAUACAAACAAUCCGCCUCAUCACAAGCUCAGUUUGCGGCUCAGGUUCGGGGCAAUGAGGAGGGAGAGGGGGAAAGUUUCCACAACGUGGGCUACGAACCGGCGCGGCGCCCGCCUUCCAUGAUGCGAGCCACAGAAAAUGGGCUACAUCCACCGCAGCAAAUGCCCCCCUCCUCUUCACCGAAGGAAAGUCAGGCCCCCAGGGCACGGAUGCCGAGUUCCCGAGGACUUGUCGAGAGCAUUGAGCGCACUACACGUCGAUCCUCGCGAGGUCCCUCCUUUUCCUAUUCACCACAUCCCUAUUGCGUUGACGAAAACGUCUGCAACGACGAUACGGACGCUUCGAGCAACGUGUUUCCCUCGCAUUAUGGGAGAGGAUGGGAUCAUCUGCGGAGGGUGCGCCCACAAGUCCGCACCGCGCGAUACUGCGAGUCGGAUGACAGCGAAAUGAAAGGUGCGGGAGUCUCCGGGGCCUCCUCACGCCUGCACGCUUGGGAGCUCCAGGCGAGGUAUUCCCCCGGGCUGUCUUUUUCACAGCCGUAUAGGUCCUCCGACCCGUCCCCUCGCAUGGGGUCGAAAUCGCGAAAUUUGUUCAAAUCCGAUUCCGAGAUCUAUUUCGACCCCGAUGUGAUGGAUUAUUUUCAAUCCGGCGUCGCCAAGGCGCCUGGUCGGGCGCGGAGUCCCUCUCAGCCAGCCGUGAGCGGACCGUUGGAGGACCCCCCGGCGACCACCCCGCUUUCGCGGAAGAAAAUCCCCACGCGGGCGGGGACGCCGCCGAUUCCGGCUGGUUUUGCCUUCCCCAGCGUGGAGGCCGCGGAUGGCGUUUCUCCCUCUCCCGGGCGGCCUCACCGGGGGCGGACGAGCUCCCACGCGACGACGCCAACCCCCCUUCCGGAAGGGGAGCUGGGGAGGAGGGGGGGCCCAUCCGAUGCCCUCUUUGAUUCCACCCCUUUCGCGGGACCGCCGUCGCGGUGGUCCCUCGCGGACGUCGAGGGGGAGAGGAGGGUGAUGCGGGGGGUCGGAUGGGAGGGGGGGAGCGCCCGCCGCCCAGGGGCCCUUUCAAUGGGGAGGGAAGAAGAUUGCAAAGAGGAAAGCGACGCCGCGCGAGGGGAGCCGAAUUUCUGCGUCGAGGCGUUACGCAAAAAAUUUGAUCGUAUAUAG